UAUUAAUAUAAGAAAACAAAGUUUGAUAUACUUUUGUGCCUGAUAUCUGUGAUAGAUAUCAAUUGUUUUGAACAAAAUGGAGGUAAGUGUGACAAAUUUGUGGUGAAUGUGACAAAUUUCUUGUGUAAGGUACAACUUCGAAAUUUACAAGUGAGAAUUAUGCCACCGAAAAAGCAACGAAUGAAGAUCAAAGGCGCAAAAGACGAAGGAAAACAAACGCAGACGGAAACAAAGGGUGUCUCUAUACAAUGUCACUUUAUCACUCCUGGACCCGCGUAUAAACUCAAAACUCUCGUCGGGUAUAAGGAUCACUGUAUCUCGCGGUAUCGAAAUCCAGCGCACACGUUUGGUAGACGUCGAAAAGAUGUUUUUGGGAUUGCGGAAGGUCCGGGACCGAAAUACAUGGUUAAAGAACCUAAACGCGUGGGUUUCACCUUCGGAAUUCCAACGAAACAUCACGAUCUCGAUACAGGACCCGGUCCGAAGUACAAUUUACCGGAUGUUCCUCGCGGUCCUUUCUUCUCGAUAAAAUGGAGAACCAAAGUCAGAAAGAUCCACGAAACACCCGGGCCUUACUACGUCAAACCCAUUGCUGACGCACCUGCGUUUUUCAUGGGACUGCGUACAGCCGGAUCGAAGCCACCAGAUACGCCGGGUCCUUAUACGUUCGAGGUGAACGCAAUAAAACCAAAAGUCCCGAUGUACACUAUGACCGCCAAGCGAACGUUGCGAGUAACUUCCGCAAGUCCAGGUCCGAUAUACGCUCUCCCGCUGAUCAAGCCGACGCCCGCCUUUUCCUUUGGUGUAAAACACAGUGUAUGCGCGCCGCCGUACAUAGUCGAGUGUGACGAUCAGUGCUAGCAAUGAGAAGACUCGUUCCUGUUUUUAAUUAUCAAUUAUAUAUCGAAUUGUUAAAUCAAGAAGACAGAAUUAAAAACUUUCUCUGAGUGAACACACACACACACACACACACACACAGUUGUCAUGAUUCUGAAUUGAGUUAUAAACGAGAUGGGACCACAUAAAAAACACUCUAUUUUGAAAUAAUAUGUGUAUAUAUUUUCUUUAGAUAAAUCCACUUUUGAUAUCGCGGUACAACGUCGCACAAGAGGCAUAAUCGAGUUUUCUAAUAAUUACAAAUUUUUCUUUUCGGUGUUGUGUACCUUUCAAUACACGUCACAAUCCGUGUGUGCGUAUAUACGAGGAAACGAUCUGAACCCGGUAAACACAAAGUGACGGUAACGUAACAUUUAAUGUUAUAAAUUUCCCAUGUAACUACUGCUACGUACAAGGCGUGUUACAUCGCAGUUUCAUUGUUCUGUGUGGGAAUUUAUAACAUUAAUGUUACGUUACUGUUUACUUUUUGCGUUUACUCUGGGAAGAACACUCAAAUUUUACAUAUAUAUAAAUACAUAUUUAAGAUUACGCAUACAAGAAAAAUACACGAUAUACUUAUUGUAACAAGUAUACAAAUGUCGAGAAAAACAUUGCGCAAAAAAUAACAUUAUAUAUAAUUUAAAAAAAUUCAAAAUCGGUACAUAAAUUACGCUUGUACGCUAAAUGUGUCGUGGAAUCAACACUACAAAUAUAUUAUCGGUGCGGUAAAAUUGAAUUGCAUGCGUUUUACACAGUUAUACUAUAAAAAAGAAACGUAUAAUUUGACGAGAAGGCACGUAUCUUACGACCAUUAACUGCGGUGGACGAUUUACGUACUGUGAAAAUACGGCAAUCAAUGGUUAUCGCUCGAUUGUCAUCUAUGGCACACACGCUGGCUCUUUGUCGUGAUAAUUAACACUUGCUCGUGAUCGACGCGAUAUCAAUGUUGUAUAAUAUUGUACUGACGUAUAUAUAUAAUAGUUAAAUAAAAAUUCACUAUAUCUAAUUAUUUCACAUUUGCAAGCGCGUCACAAGCGUGUUUUACUAACUUCCGUUUGAUUUGUUUUUUUUUUCUUCCGAAUAAAUCUCGGCGUACGAACAAUCAAAAACAAAACCGGGAGUGUUUUUGUUUUUUUUUUUUUUAUAAUAAACCCGGAAUUAUCUGUAAAGUUCAUCGAUUUACAUGAGAAUAUACGCGCGCUCAUGUAAUGCAGGAACAACAACGCGAGAGAAAUAAUUAAUUAAAUCGCGAUCAACUAACAUGUACAGUCCGCGAACUAUCGCAGAUUUAUUGACGCUGACAAUUCUUCGAUUCAAGACUGUACAGUGUUCUGGAACAAGUGUGUUGCAAAAAUGAUUACCGACAUUCAGAUGAAGAGAACAGAUUCUGACGAACAAAUCGUAUGACAUUUAGUUAUAUGUACAUUGCUUAAUUGAAAGUCUUUUUAACAUUCGUUCAGUUUUUUUUUGUUGCUGUUCGAGUUAACUGUUUAUAUAGUUGUGUCAAUAUGCCUCGCAAUUCGAACCUGUUAUAAUUUUUUUUGAUAUGGUUUUUUAUACGUUUUGUAAUAUUCAAAACUUUGAAUGGAUUUUUUUUUCCACAUUACAAUAUAUGACUAGUGUUUGAAUCUCACACAAAUGUUCGAGAAGAAAAAAGAAAGUAUAUAAAAAUUAAAAACUAUGUCGAAAAAACGGAUAAACACGCAAAUAUGCGAUUAUAGUACAAAUGUAAAUAUUUAUAUACAUCGUACUUUGUGUGUAUGUGAAUAAGAAAUAUAUAUAUAUAAUAUAUAUACAUAUAUAUGUACACACACCACACACACACACACACACACACAAUAGUGAAGUACAAUUGGCGUAAAUACGAGAUGAGAAUGCAUAUAUGUGUGCGCUAUUAUUAUCUCGCUGCUAUAUUAAUAAUUAGCAUUAUUAUUAUUAUCCAAUAUAUUCGUGUGUAUGUGUACUUUAAGAUUUAUAUUAAUCUUUGUGUGGAAUAUAUAUAUAUAUCGAAAUGUGUUACUACUCUAGUAAUCGCAACUCUCACAUAUACGAAAAUAAAAUUGAGCAAAUGAUUCGCCAUGUGUGUGUAUAUAUGUACAUAUAUAUAUUAGCUUCCGUAACACGAAGAAUACGUUUGUGUGUUAUGUGAAUUCGCACUAUACAUGUCACAUACAAGUUAUACAAAUAUGCAUUUGGAAACAUUUAUAAAAGAAUUUGUGUUAAACGAGAGAAUAAUAUACAAAUCCGUGUUAAAUAAACCCGUGUUAUACAAGGUCUACUGUAUGUAUAUGUGUGUAUAAUAAACACAUUAGUUUACGUUUUUAAACACAAAUAAAAACUUUUAAGAACCAUAGUAUUUGAAUCAGUGAUGGAGAGCUAGGAAUACAAUUUGUAUAUAUACAAAUUAAUUAUUACGAACAUUAGAUACUUUUAGAAAAUUUAGCAAAAGCGUAAUUACAAUGCUGUUAUAUUAACACGAACAUUAAUAUUGUCCUGAUUAAGUACAGAAUAUGCAACUCU